AUGACUCUGUUCUCUAGCCUGAGCCGUGCCUCUUGGCUCUAUCCCUUACGAGGCAUAAAAUUUUUCAUAUUCCACCCUUAUCUGUGGCCUCUGUUUCGCGCGAGACUCCUGUCCAUAUCUCUUCUUUCUGCAUUCAUUUAUUCCAUUCUCUUCACCCUCGCUUAUCUGCCACAAGUAGCCUUUCUCGCCAUCUUUCACGGCAGUGGCGCAUGGGUGAAUGGCCUCUUCCUCGUGCUAGGAGAGGGUGCUGUCAUUGUCCAGAUUCUCUUUGAAGCCUUCUUCGUGGAUGAAACGCUUGUUGAUGUUUUCGAUGCCGUUCUUAUAAGUCAGGGCGAGGAGCACCUCGUCGCUACCUCACGAAUUGUAUAUCCCUCCGUAGACCAUAGUCAGGGCGGGGAUGGGGAUGGUGACGGUAACGGCAACGGGGAUGCUGCUCUCUCGCGCAAUCCGAAGCAAAGAUUAGGUAAACCGAUAAUGAGUGCAGUAUAUGCACCUUUUUCCCUACGGCAGAUUGUGGAAUUCAUUGUACUCCUGCCACUUAACCUUGUCCCCGUUGCUGGAACGCCGAUGUUUCUAAUCCUAACCGGCUAUCGGGCGGGGCCGCUGCAACACUGGAGAUAUUUCGAGUUGAGAGGGUUUAAUAAGAGUGAGAGGAAGAAGUUUGUGGUCAAAAGGAGAUUGAGAUACACGUGGUUCGGAACCGUUGCUUUAAUUCUCCAGCUGGUGCCCAUGCUAUCCAUGUUUUUACUCCUCACCACAGCCGCAGGCUCAGCCCUCUGGGCUGCCGAUCUUGAGCGGCGUCGAAGAAUGGCUAUCGAGCGUGCGGAGGCGGUCCGCACUAGCGGAUAUCGAGAUCUUCCGUAG